AUGGACCGACACAACUAUUUAAGUUGGAAAUCACAAUUUGAAGAUGUCUUGGAAAUUCAUGGCCUUGACAAAGUUGUGAAAGAUGAAGCACGACCAGAGAAAAAGCUAACUGAUGGAUCUAUGAAUCCUGCCUAUUCCAGAAAUAAAUUGGUGUUAAGCUGGAUUAAGGCAACGUCAUCUUCCUCUAUCAAAACUCUACUUAUUCCAUGUGCAACCGCUUAUGAAGCAUGGACUCUCUUUGAGAAACGCCUCUCUCCCUUCUCAAAGACUCAUGUACAACCCUCACAUCUGACUGAAACCCCAAUGAUCAACAACAAAUUUCACAUAACAUGCAGUACACUCCCAACAACAAUUCCAAUCAAGGAUGUGGUAGAGAUCGCAACUGGAACUCCAAUUUCCAAUGUAGCAGGAAUUCAAUUUGUGUCAACACCAAUAGAUCUUUUUCCGACUACCGUUGCACCACCACUCCCACUCCAGAUCAUCGUCCGCCACUUCUUCCAAUUCCAUCAUCUCAGCCACCUUUCCAAUUCCAGAAAAUCUGCCAGUGUUGCAAUCGACAAGGCCACACUUCUCACAUCUGCCCAAAACAUGGAAAUUUUGCUUACAUGGCCGAGUCCAACACUGUGA